UGAUCCCAAGUUUCAUGUUUCGCUCCUGUUGAUAUGGCGCCCUGUUCCACAGGCUCACUUGUUUCCUACACCACAUCCGUCCCUUCCUCAACUUCCAUGGCUUCUGUCUCCGUUUGCCAAUCGACUCAUCCUUUCCUGACGCCCGGUCGAGCUUCCUCAAUCGCAUCAUGGACGUCGUCAUUACCAGAACGCAGCUGUCGAUCAACUACAAGCUCCGAGGCAGACCUACGAUCACGGGAUACUAUUGAAGCCUAUCGACAGCUGAAAAUGGCUAUAUUUUCGAAGGCUGGAACUGCGAACGCACCCAAACCCGGUUGACGAUGUACAAUAUGCACCCUUCGGAAACGACUGCGUCGAAGAGAUCAAGCUACUACCCAUAUCAGCGACUCGCAAUGUCCCAAUUGUAUUCUACAGUCUAGUGGGACGCCUGGUAUCCCUUGGAUCAUUGCUGGCCAGUUAUAGCAGCCUUGCAUUCAUCCACGUUACGCUCACGAUAAAUGGCGAAGUGUUGGGUUCUGGCUCGCAGGGCAUCGACGGUUGACUGUGAAACAGAAGGCUGUUACGAAUGGCCAUUGGAAUAAGGGCAUGUUGAUAAAGGUGAUUAGUGUCGAGUAGUCUUCCAUGGAUGAAUGAAAUCAGAGAUUCAUUCC